AUGCUGAUAUGUGAUACCUGGGCCCCGGCGGCUCACCUGUGUGGAUGCGCAGGUUUUGGAGCAGAAGAUGCAGGAGAAGGGCUUCAGGCCCUUGUGGAUCUUCUCGUGUCUCCGCAGGCUGCUGACGUCUUUGAACACUUUGCUGCACUCGCUGCAGGCGAAAAGCCGUUCGGCUGCGCGGACUGUGACAAAUGUUUUGCCCAGAAGUGCCAGCUGGUGGCGCACCGGCGCAUGCACCACGGCGAGGAGAAACCCUACACCUGCGACCGCUGCGGAUUCAAGUUCGCCACCUCCUCCAACUACAAGAUCCACAUCAGGUACCCCCACCUGCAGGGA